UUCGUACACGGCUGUUCGUUUGCGCUACUGCUUUUGAAUAUACGCGACUUACGAAAAUUUAUUGUUGUUAUUUGUUAUUUGUCUUGUGUGCGGUUUGGUUGUGCGGUGUGCCGUCGGGUUAAGAUAAAUUCUAUUCUAUUAUUUUAUAUUAUUUAAUACAAGUGCGUUGAAGAACUACUAAAGAAACAAAAUGUAUAGAAGUCAAAAAACGAAAUAUAAUUAUGACUAUAUGACUUAUAAACAAAUAUUUAUUAACAAAUAAGGGUUGUGCUAAAUUUCAUUUCUAUUAUUUUCGCGUUUGCUGGUAUAAAAAGUGCAUAACGCAAAGUGCGAAUAAAAGUAGAACUAAUACAUAAAUAACUCGAAAGUACCGGUUGCGGAUGCGGAUGUAAAUGUAAAUGUGUGAGAAAUAAUGACAAAAAACAACAUUCGAGACCAACAACACACAACAACGAGAACAGAAACAACAAAAACAACACUUAAAGUAACUUUUAUAAAAGUAAGCAAAAAUGCAAAAAUAAAACCGCAAGUCAGCAAGAACAAGGACAACAACAAUUUAAAAGUGAUUCACACUCGUCGGCUUAUGAUUUCGUCGAUAAAUAUUUGAAUUGUUUUUGUGACAGAUAGGAAAUAGCCAAGUAACGACACUCAUACCGACAUCUGAAUGUGUGCACAUACAUACAUACAAACAGAAUCAAAUAAAGUAAGCAACUUACGGCAGCUGAGUAGUGUAGAAGCAGAAGAAAUCGGAAAUAACAACACGUAGCCGUAAUAAGAGGAAAAAAUAGCAAAUUUGCGACCGCGCGUGUGAAUUUGGAAUUUUUCUCAUUUUUAUAUUUGACUCUUUCGUUUGGUUUGUUAAUUUCUUGGUAAAGCUUAUUUGUAUUGCUUUUAUUGACAUGCCAAAAAAAUACUUUUGUGGGAAACAAGUGUGCGAUUAGCAGGGCAUGAAAGGAAGUAAAUUCUUCCAUGUGUAUGAGUAAGAACAACAAAAACAAUACAAGCUAAAUAUGAAAAUUGAAUGCCUUCUCAUAUCGCUAAACGGAAAUACCAUUACACCUACGGUUUAGCGGGCGUAAGUGCAGAGAAGCAACUGGCUACAAGGCGACACAAGCAGUUGGACAGACAGUUGAGGUAGUUAAUGAGGGCGGCGGAACAGUGGCCGUAAUAGUAAUAAUACUAAGUGCGUUAGUGAGUGAAGAGUAAAUAAACAAAUGUAAGAAGAAUAAAAAGCAAAAGGCUACAGAAAGUAAGACGAAGAAAUAAAAUAAAAAAAACAACAAAAAAAAAAACUAUUUAUAACGUAUAAAACGCACCAAGGAAUGAACAAGUGCAAAACCUGAAAUGUUGCAAUAAAUGAAAGGAUCAAAAUAGAAAAGAAAGGAAAGAAAAAAUAAAGACCCAACUGCAACACUCUCAAACAGAAAGCAGCAGCAGCGCACACGCGCGGAAGUGUGGAGCGACUAUUGAGUUCACACAGGCACACACCGUCCCCCGCCUUGUAACGCGUUGCGGCCUACCCAACCAGCUGCAUGCAUUUCGUGUCGCUGAGCUUUUAACUACGCUGGUGUGUUGGUUGCAUUGUUGCCGCGCCAGCAGCGUAAAGCAAGUAAAAGUAGAAUGUCAAACGAAUAUAAAGGGAAAAGAACUCGCAAAUAAGGAAGUGCUGUGGUAGUAAAAAACAAUUACAAUAAAACCAUUGUGUGCAACAGCGCAACAGGAAGAAAGUCUUCUUUCAAACGAGUGGAAAUUUGAGUAUUGAACAAAAAAUCAAGUCAAAGCAUUGAGAAUUGGGAUUAGCAAGUAAAAAAGGCGCAGAGAAAUAACACUUCAAAAACGAGCCAGUGAAAAUGUAUAUGAGUGCAACAUUUAAUGACGCCAACAACGGAACUCAACAACAAUUCUUUAGAAAAAAUACAAAAAGCAACAAAAGCAGAGAGCAAAAAGUGGCAAUCAUAUCAGUAAACAGUCGCAUACACGAGAUAUAAAUAAAAAGAAAACGCUGAAGUUAGCCUAGCGGUAGCAGAGCACAGCGAACAGCAGCGGCCACUGCUGCAGUCAGUAGAGCAACAACAAUUGCAAGAAGAACAACAGUAAUCACAAUAAUAAUAAACAGCAACAGCACAAAUCGAACGUCAGCAACAAAUCAACUCACACCAGCCACAACAUAAGCGGAGUGUGAGCAAACACAUACAUAUGUACAUACGUAUGUAUGCAUGCACAUAAAUAAAUAUCAAACACAAAAUAAGAACAAAUAAAAAAAGUAUAAAAUCAAAAGCAGUAAAAACAAAAAAAAACAACAAUAGUUCAACAAACGGCUGGGAGCAAGAGAGAAGAAGAGAAAGGCAGUCAGCCCCAAUUGCCAGACAACAAACAAACAGACGGAAAACCGAAAGGCGGAAAGCUAAGAAACGCAAUCGCAUAAGUGCUUUAAGCAAGCGAGAAUACAACAACAGACAACCAAUGCGUCGGCCAGCCUGCUAGAGAGUCAGUCAAGCAGGCGGGUAGCAGGCAAGCAAGCAAGCAAAACAGUCAGCCAUUUAGCCAGUCAGGCCAGCCCUGUGUGUUGUACAACGUCGGCAGGCAGUGUUCUGGAUCUGGACAUAUCCGCUUCCGCAUUGUGUUUGGCUUCGCUUUGCGUUGUUACGUGGCGUUACGCUUCGUUUCAUUCGUUGUGCUUUGGUUUGGUCUUUUGGAAUCUUGGAUUUGGCAAAGCAGAAGGCGGUCGCCAAUAAGUCAACAACUCACCAAGCACCAAACACCAAGCGUGUGUUGGUGGUGGAGGAAAUAGCAUUGCUGCAAAACCAAUUUUGUUGCAUUGGAGCGGAAGAAACAUAUUAGAGAAUAAGGUAAGCCUGGCAGCGAAUAUGCAAUCCAGCAUCUUCUCUAUAUGGAUUAGCAAUUAAAAUAAAAUUAAGAUUAGUUCGUUUGCUCAUUCGUGUGCUCGCACUACAGCUAGCGCGACUUGAUUAGCGACUCAUUGGUCGACCCAGCGACCUAGUGGAACAGCAGUCGUGUUUCCGUGUGGCGCUGGUCAACACAAACAAUUAAAAUCGUGCACGCGUCUGGUUCAAAAUGAAAAUGCUUCCCGUACAGCUGUCGUUGAAUCCGCCGCUCGGCCUCUGGAGUGAUAUGUUAUGGCGUUGCCCACCGGCGCCCUCAAGCCAAUUGGCCGAAUUGAAGACACAACUGCCGCCAUCGUUGCCAUCCGAUCCACGUUUGUGGGGCCGCGAAGAUGUCACAGUCUUUUUGCGUUUCUGUGAACGUGAAUUUGACCUACCCAAAGUGGAACAUGAUCUCUUCCAAAUGAACGGCAAAGCGCUUUGCCUGCUCACACGCGCAGACUUUGGUCACCGUUGCCCGGGUGCAGGCGAUGUGCUGCACAAUGUUCUACAAAUGCUCAUCAUCGAGUCACACAUGAUGCAGUGGCAUUUACCCAACAGCCCAGUCACACCUACCAGCCGUUACCCACUCUCCCCGCACAGCCAUCCGCCGACACCAACUUGGCCACCAAUUGGUGCGCUGCCAGACAGUCCCUUCCACAAUGCGCAUAUGCAUCAUUUUAUGGCGCCCAAUUCGGUCACACUCAGUCCGCCACCAUCGGUAGACUCGCAAGCCAGCAGUCCGCCACAAAGCCAAGAGCAAAAUAUAGCGGCAGCAGCAGCAGCGGCCGCCGCUUCAGUGAGCGGCGCUAGCACAAGUAGCAGCAGCAGUAGUAGCACCAGCAGCGGUAGCAGUAACAGCGGCGGUGGCUUGGGAGCCAACAGCAACAACGCCAUUCACACUAACGGCAGCCUCGUGCCACCAGCCAUCUCCGUGACAAUGAGCUCCGGCAAUAGCUACUCCGCACACCAUGCGACGGUCAGCACUGGCGCUAGCAGCAAUCAGUCCGAUUCAGAUGAAGAAGGUAGUUACUCAGAGUUGGCGGCAGCGGGCAAUAGCUUGGCCAAGAGCGGUGCAGCCGCAGCAGUUGUAGCCGCACACUAUAAAGCCAGUCCGCCAACCACGCCCAUUUUAAAGGAUAUGCCACAGAGCCUGUCACAGCAGAUUACCAACAGUUUUGUGAAUUCUUGGUCACAGAGCCAAGCCGCACAGGCCAUGGGUCAGAAAUAUCAACCGAAUAGCGGCAAUGGCGGCUCGGUUUCGGCACCCACGACGCCAAGCUAUAUGCAACCUGUGAAACGUGAAUUCUUUCCUGAGACUACGGAGCCCAACACCAAUGGCCGUUUAUUAUGGGAUUUCCUGCAGCAACUGCUCAACGAUCGCAAUCAGAAGUACAGCGAUUUGAUCGCUUGGAAGUGUCGCGACACUGGCGUCUUCAAAAUCGUGGAUCCCGCCGGUUUGGCUAAACUUUGGGGCAUACAGAAGAAUCAUCUUUCCAUGAACUACGAUAAAAUGUCACGAGCGCUGCGCUACUACUACCGCGUCAACAUUCUGCGCAAAGUGCAAGGCGAACGCCAUUGCUAUCAGUUCCUGCGCAAUCCAACCGAGCUGAAGAACAUUAAGAAUAUCUCGCUGCUGCGCCAAUCCGUUGCAGGCAAUGGCGGCCCAACAGCGACAAGCAGCGCUAAUGGCUCCAACAACGCUGGCAGCGCGUCGAACAACAAUAACAGCAAUAACCUUAACAAUGGCAACAACAAUAAUAACAAUCAGUCUCCCGGUACAAAUUUGAGUAGUACAAAUUGGACUUUGCCGCAUCAGCAAUCACCGCAGCGGCACCCAUCGUCGCACGCCAGCAACGGCAGUGUUAAUGGCAACAGCCACAGUAACGGUGUCGGUAAUCAGCAUAUGAGUCUUCCUGCGGCCGUAGCUGCUGCGGCGGCAGCUGCUUACGGUCCACCACCCACAUCGCCGCUCUUCAUGCACGCCAUCAAUGGGGCCUUCCAAUACUUGUCGAAUAAUACAGGCGCACCACCCAAUUCGCCAGCAAUGCCGCACACACCCAGCGAGAAAUUCCAAUUUGGAGCACUAAAAGUGGAACACAACAGCGCAUCAUCGCCGGAUCAUGGCGAGGAACUGAAGCCAACCGAUUUGAGUGUGGCGGGGAGUAGCAUCGAGAAGCGGCCUUAUUCCAGCCCAUCGGCAGAGGAUUGCUACCCACUUAUACGCAACGCUGACGGACUUACCACCAUCAAAUUGAUACGUUACAAUAAUGACAAUGAAACGAAUGUGUCCAAGCAGUCAACGCACGAGCAGCAGCAACAACAGCAGCAGCAGCAGCAAGCAAAUGCUGCUGUAAAUUGUAGCAACAGCGGCGAGCAGCAGCAACACACGCCUAUGGACCAUAUGGAUAACGAUGGCAAUGAGGACGAAGCCGCGUCUGGCGCUGCUGGCGUCAAUCUAAUGCCAACGGAUCUGCGCAAGUAAAAAGCGAAAACAAGGAGCAGAGUUAGCGCAGAGGAGCUAAAUUUUGUGACAAAACAACUACUAAGGCGAUGGUGAGCAAAAUGCAAGCAGGUAUGAGUUGCUGAAUAACAGCGCAGGACAAUCAAAAAGUUAAGGGAGGUUACGAGAUGUGGAACAAAAAACAGUAAACAAAUGGUAGGCAAAUAGGAAAUUACAAUUUGCAGUGCCUACUACAUAGCAACUUAGAAGACCUCCAGCAAAGUGCUUCAGCUCAGCUACUUUCUUUGCAAUCGUGCCAAAUCUAUGCGCAAGCAUCGCCGAAGUUGAAACUAAAAUCGCUUUUCGAAUGUAUCAAUAGGUGAUCGAGGCGAAUGUCUGAUCACAUAUUUGCAAUAUGAAAAUUACGCAGCAUACGUGGUCCUUAAAGAAAUGCGUGGUUAAGAGUAAGAAUUUCUGAAAGUUGAAAGGUAUGAAAAGUAUGAAAAAUAAAUCAAAUUUAAAGUAGUGAUUUAAGGUGUGCAAGCACGCUGGCAAAUGAUUGCAUACGAAUAUUAUAAAAAUAUGCUUGUAUGUGUGUACGGUUAUAUGUGCAUGCAUAUGCAUGUACAUCAAAGUAGCUUAAGUUUGUAGUGGUAAACGUGUGCAUUAUUAUAUACAUACAUACAUACAAAUACACGAGCGUUUGUAUAGGUCGUGCAUAUAAUAUACAUAGACACGCCCAUAUAUAUAUAUAUAUAUAUAUAUACAUAAAUAAAAUUAUAAUUAUAUAUACAAGCAUAUGUACAUAUAUAUAUGCAACUAAAUCUAUAUUUACAAACUUAUUAAUUAAAUAACAAAUAGAGUAUAUACUUACAUUAAAAAUAUUACGGUAUAUAAUUAGAAUGAAAAAAAAUUACUUUAAACUAAAUAUUAGUUUAUUAAUGUUUAUAAUUAUGCAGUUAUAAUGAAAGCACAUACAUACAUACAUACGUUACACAAAUACAUACAUACAUAUGUAUAUAAAAUUCAGCAUUGAUAUACUCAUUAGCAUUGCAACAAAUAUAAAAACAAAUGUAGGCAAACAAUUUAAACACUCACAAGCACACACAGCCCAGCAGAGCAUACAAAAUUGUAUAUUGUAGAUAUGUAACACAAAGUUGUGUAUACUAGUUUUAAGUAGAUUUUGUGUUAAGCAGAAAGUGCAGAAUUUUCGAAAAAUUGAAAAAUGUUGUUGAGCUUAAGUUUUUUUUUUUAUUUUUAUUAUUAUUUUUUUCUUAAUUUUUUUUUUUAUUUUUAUUUUAAGUUUUUA